AUGGAUGAGAAGCCUUCCACCAGGAAAAGUCCUGAAUUCUGUUCAUUACGCUACGGACUGGCUCUCAUCAUGCAUUUCUCAAACUUCACCAUGAUAACCCAGCGUGUGAGUCUGAGCAUUGCAAUCAUUGCCAUGGUGAAUAGCACUCAGCAGCCUGGUUUAUCCAAUACCUCCACAGAAAGACCUCUUGCAUUCACCUUCAACCACUCCAACAGAUCCAUCAAGGAAUUUAAUACAGCAGAAGUCUCUGUAUAUGAAUGGAGUCCAGAAACUCAGGGUAUCAUCUUUAGCUCCAUCAACUACGGGAUAAUACUAACUCUGAUCCCAAGCGGCUAUUUAGCAGGGAUAUUUGGAGCAAAACAGAUGCUUGGUGCUGGUUUGCUGAUCUCCUCCCUUCUCACCCUCUUUACACCAUUGGCUGCUGACUUUGGAGUGAUUCUGGUUAUUGUGAUUCGGACAGUCCAGGGCAUGGCUCAGGGUAUGGCAUGGACAGGUCAGUUUACAAUAUGGGCAAAAUGGGCUCCCCCACUUGAACGAAGCAAGCUCACCAGUAUUGCGGGAUCAGGGUCAGCGUUUGGAUCCUUCAUCAUUCUCUGUGUGGGGGGACUAAUCUCCCAGACCUUGGGCUGGCCUUUUAUCUUCUACAUUUUUGGUAGCAUUGGCUGUGUCUGCUGUCUCCUGUGGUUCACAGUGAUUUAUGAUGACCCCUUGCAUCACCCAUGCAUAAGCAUCAGAGAAAAGGAACACAUCGUGUCUUCACUGACUCAACAGUCCAGUUCUCCUAGACGAUCUGUCCCCAUAAAGUCUAUGGUCAGAUGCCUACCACUUUGGGCCAUUUUCACCGGGUUUUUCAGCCAUUUCUGGUUAUGCACCAUAAUCAUAACAUACCUACCAACGUAUAUCAGUUCUGUGCUCCGUGUCAACAUCAGAGACAGUGGUGUUCUGUCCUCCCUGCCUUUUAUUGCUGCUGCAAGUUGUACAAUUCUUGGAGGUCAGUUGGCAGAUUUCCUCCUGUCCAGGAAUCUUCUUAGAUUAAUCACUGUCCGAAAACUCUUUUCAUCCUUAGGGCUCCUCCUUCCAUCACUAUGUGCUGUGGCCCUCCCUUUUGUGGCUUCCAGUUAUACAACAACCAUUAUUUUGCUGAUACUUAUUCCUGGGACCAGCAACCUGUGUGAUUCUGGAUUCAUCAUCAACACCUUAGAUGUUGCCCCCCGAUAUGCAAGUUUCCUCAUGGGAAUCUCAAGGGGAUUUGGGCUCAUUGCAGGAAUCAUCUCUUCCACUGCCACUGGAUUCCUUAUCAGUCAGGAUUCUGUGUCUGGUUGGAGGAAUGUAUUUUUCCUAGCUGCUGCUGUCAACAUGUUUGGCCUGGUUUUUUACCUCACAUUUGGACAAGCAGAAAUCCAGCACUGGGCCAAAGAAAGGACUCUCACCCGUCUCUGA